AUGUUCAAGGGACACUCAACAGAAGAAGACGAGCAGCUGGCGGCGCAGCAACAGCCGCCGCCAGCAACUGCUGCAGCUGCACUCCAACCAAUCGUGGACCCCUCAAAUACGCCAACUCAAUCGGACUUUAGCUACUCGAGCCAAUCCACGAUGGGACAGGAACCGGAGAUCGUGGAGGCACAUGAGGACGAGAGGCCCACGGACAGCCACCACCUUGCAGACAUGGCGACCAAGGAGACGCCAAUCGAAGAGAAGGGACAUGCGCAGAUGGACCACAACGAGGUCGAGGUCAAGAACUUGGGCUGGAACACCCACGCCAAAGAGGUCGCGCAGCCGAUGGUCGGUGGGUUGUCAAAUGAAGAACUUUGGAUCCUCGUCCGACGUUUCGACAAGCAAGUAUUUCACGUCAAAUCGAUCCCAGAACCACCGCUGGCAUCUCUCGACCUGAACAUUGCAGACGAGGAGGAAUUCUCGCCCGACAAGCUUCGAGCCCACGUUGAACGCCUGUACAUGACAGUUAUCGUUGGCGCAUUCUCAUUCUGGAAGCACAUCGUUCGCAUCCGAUCGUGGCGCGAGUGGAAGCGCACUUCGGCCUUUCUAUCCGUCUACACCGUCGCAUGGCUGCUUGACUUUGUUAUCCCCGUGCUCGUCAGCUUCCUCAUUGUCCUUGUCCUAGUUCCCGAAGCCCGCACCUUUUGCUUCCCUCCCGCCCCCGCAUCCCUCAUCGAUAGCAAGACUGGCGGCGUCAAGAAGCCUGCGUCAGGCGUCCUCGCUUCAGACGACUCCAUAACGGGAGCCCCCGAGAAGCAUGCAGGCGAAGCCGUGGAACAGGAAGCGCAUAGCUUCGUGACAAGCAUUUCAUCGCUGGUUAUCAGCACCGCGGCGGGCAAACAUCCUCAAGGCGAUCCCCACACCGACACCGCUGCGCCGGACCCUACUAAUAUCACUGAAGAUGUCGUCAACGCCAAGGACAAGACCGGUGGGGCUACGUCGCCUACUCACCACGACAAGACCAAGAAGCCGGUCUCUGAGACGGUCUGGACCCAGGCGAGGCCUGUGAUGCAUGCUAUUGCGGACUUGGUUGAUACGUACGAACGAUUUGGAAACGCCCUCAGCCCGACACCACCAUUCCCCCAACAACGGCCCCGACUUAUCCUGGCCAGCAUCCUGCUCCCCAUGCUCCUCGGAUCGCUCUUCACAACUUCCUACAUGCUUAUCAAAGGAACCGGAUUCAUCGUCGGCUUUACCUUCUUCGGCGACCCAAUUAUCCAAAGAGGCCUGGUGUUUAUCAACCGGUCAGUCUUCCUGUCAACUCUGAUUGCUCGCGUGUCUAAACUUACGAUCACGCUGCUCCGUAUUGGUGAGAGAAACAAGGCGCCCCUGCCGCCGCCGCCCGUUUCCUCGACACCCCCCCCUGAUGAGCCUCACGCCACUGCGGGUCAAGGCCUAGAGCACCUCGGCGUCGACCAAGACGAGAUAGACGAAGCCGUCCAGCCCGACGAAGCGGCCCUCGCCCCGGCGGAGUCGGAGACCGAGGAGCACAAGCAGAAGAAGGGCCACCGGAUUUUGAAUUUUAUCAAGAGCACCGCCAAGGGCGGAAUCAAUACCACACUCGCCGCGGACAAGGUCAAGGCCAAGGUCGGAGCCAAACACGCAAAGGACCGCCUCGGCGUCGUCAAGAAGCAGCCCGAUCCUGAGAAGGGUCCGAUCAGCUUCCCGGCAAGAUACAAGGGUAAGCGCGGUCACGCGUUUAUCACGGCAACCGCUACGACUCCGGCGUUGAGUUGGACAACGGAGGCGGAAGAUGUAAAGCCUGUGUGGUCUGUCGCUAUUGGGGAUAUCCAAGAAAUCCGCAAGGUUGGAGGUCUCGGAUGGAAGUCCAAGAUCUUUGUGGGAUGGGCGACGGAUCGUGAGAUUGCUGAUGGUCUCGUCAUCACUGAUACCAUGGGCAAGGAGCAUCAUCUCACUGCGAUUGUUACUAGAGACGAGUUGUUCAACCGCCUGGUUGCAAUGGGAGCCCAGAUGUGGGAGGCGUGGUAG